AUGCAGCAAAACAAGCUGCCAACAAGGAAAGGAGGGUGCCAAGAAGUGAAGGAUCAUGCUGCCUCCGCUGCAGAAAAUGAUUUGGCUGGUAAGGCGAAGCAGACUGCACAAGAUGCAUGGGGUUCGGUUAAGGAUACGACCCAGAAGAUAAAGGACACAGUGGCAGGCAAAGCUGAAGAAUCAAAGGAAGCCAUUAAAGAUAAUGCUGAGACUGUCAAGCGCAACGUCAAUAAUAACUAG